AUGGGCAUCAAAGGACUUCAUGGUCUUCUCAAGUCCAUCCAAAAACCAUGUCAUCUCAAGAAGUUUGACGGUCAAACCAUCGGGAUCGAUGCAUACGGAUGGCUACACCGCGGUACCGUUGCUUGUUCCGUGGAUUUGGUUCUCGACAAACCCACUCGAAAACAUAUUGAUUUCGUCUUAAAUCGAGUUCGCAUGCUGCUUUAUUUCGGGGUGACUCCGUACCUUGUAUUUGAUGGCGACAACCUACCCAGCAAGGCCGGCACAGAACAUGAUCGGCAUCAGCGGCGCCAGGAUAGCAAAGCCUUGGGGCUGGAAUUGCAGCGGAAAGGAAGGAUGCCGGAAGCAUACCAGGAGUUUCAGAAGGCCGUCGAUGUCACGCCGUACAUGGCCCGUCAAUUGAUCGAAGAGUUGAAGCAGAUGCAGGUGCAAUAUGUGGUUGCCCCGUACGAGGCCGAUGCCCAGCUGGUGUAUCUCGAGCAACAGAACAUCAUUCAUGGCAUCAUUUCCGAGGACUCGGACCUGCUAGUAUUUGGAGCGAAGCGGUUACUGUCAAAACUGGACCAACAUGGCGAAUGCAUCGAAAUCAACCGGGUGGACUUUACUGCAUGCCGUGAGGUCAGCCUGGUCGGGUGGAGCGAUGCCGACUUUCGCCGCAUGUGCAUCCUGAGUGGCUGCGAUUAUUUGGCGAGUAUUCCAAAAAUGGGGCUGAAGACCGCCUACCGCAGCAUCCGCAAGCACCGGACUGUGGAGAAGGCGCUGCGCAUGCUCCAAUUCGACGGCCAAUUUCAGGUUCCGGCCGACUACCUAGCAAACUUCCAACAGGCUGAAUUGACCUUCCUCUACCAGCGCGUCUUUUGUCCCAACGCCCAGAAGCUGGUGACAUUGACGCCCCCAGACGAUGUUGUCAAUCUCGACGAGCUGCCAUACAUUGGAGGUGAUGUGGAUCCCGAAAUUGCGGCAGGAGUUGCGCGCGGGGAGCUGGAUCCGACUACCAAAGAGCCAAUACUGGUCAAGCCGCUGGUGGCAGGUAAAUUGCCCCUUGGUGUCAAUCGUCGUCAGACAUUGGGUUCGUCUUCCGAGCUGAAGCCGCGCAAGCCGAUCAAUUCGUUCUUCACCCCGAAGCGGACUCCUCUUGCCGAGCUGGAUCCAAACAGUCUGACUCCGUCGCCGAGUCAACAGCGGCUGCUGGAGCGCAAUGCGAACAACUCUUGGCAGGCCAACUCAGCACCCUUUCGCUCGAACACGACCCGGACCACGCCUCACCGAACAUUCUCCGACCAGGGUCUCAGUCCGAUGGUCCGCAGCGUGGAACGCGACUCAUUCCUCGCCCAGACGGCCAGGUCAUCGACCCUGCAACCCACAAAGCGGCAGAGGCUGUGUUCCGAGACGGACGACGAUUCACUCCCAGUUCGUCCCAACUUUCAUAGUCGGUUCUUUGCUCGCAGCCCCGAACAACCCAGCCCGAGUGGCCCAAAAGUGGGCCGAACCAAGAAGCCGCGAAAAUCGACGCUGGAUGUUUUCUCGGAUGAGAUCGCUGAGGACAUUUUCUCUGCCAUUCCUGACCCUGCUUCCAAUACCGAUUCUAAUGAAUCUCAGCGCGAGGGCAAUUCUGACACAACUGGACUCGAUGGUGAAACUGGUUCUCCCUCCGUCUCCAAGGUAAUGGAGAGUAAGGUCUCGACUAAUGACCCGAAUGAGGGAACCGAACCCUCUCAGGAGGCGCGGGAGUCGGACUCCUCGGAAUUCAACCAGGCUCUCGAGUAUCACGUUGGCCGACAAAACUCGGACAUUCUAUCCAAAUUUGCAUUCCAUCCUGGAAACAAAUCCACCGCACGUCGCCCGGUAACAACCACAACCACAAUUCCUGUGAUUCAGCCCAGCAACAGACCCGCACCAUCAACGCCGCGGACCCCAGGUCUGAUUGGUCGCGGCAACACUCCCCAGCGGCGCCUAACGCCCUUGCAGCGCAUGGGACACGCUGCUUUGACGCGGUCUCACACUAUCAACAUCCCCAGCAAACCUCGAAGCACGGACCUUUCGAUCACCCACUCAGACGAUCCUCCUGCCAAAGCUACGUCUUUGGGUGCCCAAGGCAGUGAGGAUCACAUUGUACCCGACAGCGAGGAUGAAGAAGAUGAAGAAAUCAGCAUGCCUGGUCCCGCUGUUGCGCCAUUGGAUCUCCAGCGCUUUUCGUUCACGGCCAACUAG